GGCAACAGGAACCUGGCAAGGAGUCAGUUCCCUCAGUGGAUGAGGUAGCGAGACAGCUGGAAACACAAGUGUUGGAAGAGAAAGAGAGAGAUGACGAUGAUGAAGAUGGAGACGGUGACGGAGAUGGAGCGACUGGAAAGAAGAAGAAGAAGAAGAAGAAGAAACGAGGACCAAAAGUGCAGACAGACCCUCCCUCGGUUCCAAUACGUGACCUGUAUCCUAGCGGUGUAUUUCCCAAAGGACAAGAGUGUGAAUACCCCCCUACACAAGAUGGGCGAACAGCUGCCUGGAGAACCACGAGCGAAGAGAAGAAAGCCCUGGACCAGGCGAGCGCGGAGGUCUGGAAUGACUUUCGAGAAGCCGCAGAGGCUCACCGGCAAGUCAGGAAAUACGUCAUGAGCUGGAUCCGGCCUGGGAUGGCAAUGAUAGAAAUCUGUGAAAAGUUGGAGGACUGUUCACGCAAGCUCAUAAAAGAGAAUGGGCUGAAUGCAGGCCUGGCGUUCCCCACGGGGUGUUCCCUCAAUAACUGUGCUGCCCACUACACUCCCAAUGCCGGUGACACAACAGUGCUGCAGUACGAUGACAUCUGCAAGAUUGACUUUGGGACACACAUAAGUGGUAGGAUUAUUGACUGUGCUUUUACUGUCACUUUUAAUCCCAAAUAUGACACAUUAUUAAAAGCUGUAAAAGAUGCUACUAAUACUGGAAUAAAGUGUGCUGGAAUCGAUGUUCGUCUGUGUGAUGUUGGUGAGGCCAUCCAGGAAGUAAUGGAGUCCUAUGAAGUUGAAAUUGAUGGGAAAACAUACCAAGUGAAGCCAAUCCGUAAUCUCAACGGACACUCGAUUGGGCAGUACAGAAUCCAUGCUGGGAAGACCGUGCCCAUUGUGAAGGGCGGGGAGGCCACAAGGAUGGAGGAAGGAGAAGUGUAUGCCAUCGAAACCUUUGGCAGCACAGGGAAAGGCGUUGUUCAUGAUGACAUGGAAUGUUCGCAUUACAUGAAAAACUUUGAUGUUGGACACGUGCCAAUAAGGCUUCCAAGGACAAAGCACUUGCUGAAUGUCAUCAACGAAAACUGGCACCCUUGCCUUCUGCCGCAGAUGGCUGGAUCGCUUGGGAGAAAGUAAAUACUUGAUGGCGCUCAAGAAUCUGUGUGACUUGGGCAUUGUAGACCCCUACCCGCCAUUGUGUGACAUCAAAGGCUCAUACACCGCGCAGUUUGAGCACACCAUCCUGCUGCGUCCGACGUGUAAGGAGGUGGUCAGCAGAGGAGAUGACUACUAAGCUUACUCCAAAGCACCUCAGCGUCUUUAUUUUCUAAGCUUUGUUGGGAUACAUUAUACCAGAGUUAAUUUGCAACAUGUUGUCUGUUUAACAGUGGACCCAUGUAAUACUUUUAUCCCUGUUUUUAAAAGGAGGAAUUUGAGCAAAGGCAAACCGUCUAAUGUAAAAUUAACCCAGGAAAAGGCUUUCAGGACUUUCCAAUGUUAACUUUUUCCCUUCCUGUCCAGGAACAUGCUGUAAAGCUCCAGCCAGUUAGGAAUGACUUAACAUUUUGUUUUGAACACCUAAGGGAUGCUUUUUGGAUAUUUAUAUUGCCAUAUUCUUACUUGAAUGCUUUGAAUGACUACAUCCAGUUCUGCACCUAUACCCUCUGGUAUUGCUUUUUAACCUCCCUGGAAUCCAUUUUCUAAAAAAUAAAGACAUUUUCGGAUCUGAGAGCU